AUGCCCGCCCGCCCCGUCGCUGGGCCUUCGCGCACUUCCACCCCGACCCCGACCUCGCUCCAGCUCGACCACGCCCCACUGCGCCUCCCGCCCUCGCCGAAUGCCACCUCGAGCCUCCUCGACGACGACGACGACGCCUCUGCCGGCGCUACCUCGGCGUCCCUCUUGCCACCAGCAACCGGAUCGGCACCGCCCUCGCCCUCGUCGCACGCCACCCUGCGCAGUCGCCGUCCCGUUUCGCCCUUCCCCUCCUCGACUGUCGACCCGGACGAGCCUCCCUCGUCGUCCCGCGCACCUUCGCCUCGAGGCCGCCCUAACCUCGCACGCGUAGACUCGGACGUCACCCGACCCUCGCUGCGCCGUGUCACCAACGACGCCCUCGGCGUCGCCGCUCUCGGCACCGCGACCGCCUCGUCAAGUGGGGCGCUCGUCGGCUCGCCCGACGCAGACGGCUACGUCCUCCGCCGCGACUCGAAGGGCAAGGGCAAGGCCGUCGAACACGGUCCUGCUGCGAGGCGAGGCGUGAGCGAGAACGGCGCGGCCGCCAAGGAGCGCGAGGUCAUCGUCCACAAGGUCCAGAAAACCGACUCGUACGCGAGCAUCUCGCUGCAGUACGGCAUCACGCCGCAAGCUUUGCGAUCCUCGAACCGCCUGUGGCCGUCCGACCCCAUCUACCUCCGCUCGACCCUCCUCAUCCCUCUCGACCAGUGCAACCUCCCCUCGUCCUCGUUCGGCGUCGAGCGCAUCGCCCGCGAGGAGAACGGCGACCUCACCGUGUGGGAGCGCAACGGCGCCGCCGGAUCGGCCUCGUCCGCGGGCCUGAGCGGGGCCGCCGCCCGUCGAGAACGCGAUGGCGCGCUCGUGAGCCCGCAGGCGCGACGAGUCGCCGCCGCAUCGGCCCUCGAGCUCGGCGCUCGGGCUGCGCAGCCUGCGCUCGGCCCGCCGAUCGACCUCCUCGCCGACGACGACAACGAGUACCACUCGGUGUGGAGCGACGGCGGGACGCCGAGCGCGCGAGGGUCGCUGGACGUACCUCGGGCGCCCUCGAGCCCGUACGCUCACCUUGCGCGCACGACGUCGUCAUACUUUGACGGCCGCCUGUCGGGCGGUCGGCCGUCGAUCGAGGACCUCGGCUCGCGCGGCGUGUCGCCCUCGACGGCCGCAGGCUCGUCAUCCUUCUCGCCAGUCCCGUCGUCGUCGUCCCGAGCAACCUCGCCUCCAGCCGCACACCCGCCUUCUUCUUUCCCUACCACCGACGACGACGGCGCCUCCCCACCGCUCGCCAAGCGCACCCUGCGCGUCGCCCGCCUUCCCGCCUCGCAACUCGCCUUCUUCCCGCCCUCUUCCUCAGCCUCGUCCACCACCUCGUCCCCACACUCGCCGUCCAAGCCGACGCACGCGCAGCAGCAGCACCCGCGCCGCCGCCCCGAGGACGAGUCGCUGUUCUUCGGGCCCUUGACCAACUCGCUCUCGGCGUCGUUCUCGUCCCUCGGCCUCGACCGGUACCUCCCCGCCUCGCUCUCGUCGAGCUCGUCCUCGUCGCGCCUCAACGGCUACGGCGGCGGCGGCGGCAAGGGCCGCAUCGCGCUCCCCAUCUCGCCCGCCCUCGCCGACGGCGCCGUCGCCGGCGUCCCGCCGCGCACAAAGUCGCGCUGGGCCCUGCUCGACUUUGGCGUCGAGGAGGACGAGGCGGCCGUCGGUAUGACGUCGGCGCGAGCUGGGCGAGGAGCGGGGCCCGCCGGCGCUCGGCGCGAGGACUACUUUGCGCUCGCGGCCGGGCCCGAGCCGGGCGCGGUCCCGGCUCACGCGCACGCGCAGCAGGGCGCAGCAGCGGGAGCAGGAGCGGGCGCCGGUGCAGCAGGUGCAGGGCCCCGGCGCACGUCGGCGAACGGGCUUGGGCUCGGGCUCGAGGACGCCGGGAGCUGGAGCGGGCGCCGAGGAGGAGCGGGCGCGGCGGUGAGGCCGGCGCUCAACGGCGGCGGGAGCCCGAGGCAGGGGCACAAGAAGGCGCGCGACUCGAACGAGGGGCUGGCGACGGUGGCGGGGCUGCAGGGUGCGAGGGCGGACGCGAGGGACUUGUUCCGGCUGCGGUGAACGGGCGCGAGGAGGGGCGACGAGCACCUGCAACGCGGUCUAGCUCGCAACUCUUGACGUC